ACCCAAGUCAAAUCAGGUCCAGCCUCUUCCUCUUCAGCCUCCGACCUUGGGCUCGCCAAGAUAAACACCGGCACCUCCACUCCUCUAUCAGCAUCUAUAUUGCCUCGAAUACCGCUUACGAUCAUCGCGACCCAUCGGAAACCCUCUCUAGAUCAUCAGCGCCGCCCCUUGCGACGCCCUCGCUCUCCUGCCCAUCAUGGCGCGUGUCUACGCCGAUGUCAACCAGAGCAUGCCCCGCAGUUACUGGGACUACGACAGUGUUAACAUCAGCUGGGGUGUUCUGGAAAACUACGAGGUAGUCAGAAAGAUUGGCCGCGGAAAGUACUCUGAAGUCUUUGAGGGCAUCAAUGUUGUCAAUUACCAGAAGUGCGUCGUCAAGGUGUUGAAGCCUGUCAAGAAGAAGAAGAUCAAGCGAGAGAUCAAGAUUCUUCAAAACCUGGCUGGCGGUCCCAAUGUUGUCGCUCUACUCGAUGUUGUUCGCGACUCGCAGAGCAAGACACCGUCUCUGAUCUUUGAGCAUGUCAACAACACCGAUUUCCGAAGCUUGUACCCCAAGUUCAACGACAUUGAUGUCCGAUUCUACAUCUUUGAGCUCCUCAAGGCCCUCGAUUUCUGCCAUAGCAAGGGGAUCAUGCACCGCGAUGUUAAGCCACAUAACGUUAUGAUUGAUCAUGAGAACCGAAAGCUUCGUCUGAUUGAUUGGGGUCUGGCCGAGUUUUAUCACCCUGGUACCGAGUACAACGUUCGCGUUGCCUCUCGUUAUUUCAAGGGCCCCGAAUUGUUGGUCGAUUUCCAGGAGUACGAUUACAGUCUCGAUAUGUGGAGUCUUGGAGCCAUGUUUGCCUCCAUGAUCUUCCGCAAAGAGCCUUUCUUCCAUGGCAACAGCAACUCCGAUCAGCUUGUUAAGAUUGCCAAGGUCCUUGGCACCGAUGACCUUUUCGACUACAUCGAUAAGUACGAGAUUGAGUUGGAUGCACAGUACGACGACAUUCUAGGCAGAUUCCAAAAGAAGCCCUGGCACAGCUUUGUUACGUCAGAGAACCAACGAUUCGUCUCCAAUGAGGCGAUCGAUUUCCUCGACAAGCUAUUGCGAUAUGAUCAUCAGGAACGUCUGACUGCCAAGGAGGCCCAGGCUCAUCCCUACUUUAACCCAGUUCGGGAUCCCGAGGUCUUCAAGCAGCACCUUGCAGCUGCUAGCGGCGCCGCCAACAAGUCUUGAGAGUGCCUCGAGUCGUUGUUCCCCGACCAUCAUCAUCCACGACUAUUCAUCUCGCGGCACCCCCCUCAUCCAUGAUACCCUCGACCGGCAGGUAUCACCCUUUCGUCGGUCUUCACCACCUGAUAGGAUCCCCAUAUUAGGAAGAGAAUCUUGUAGCCGAAUCUAAUCCAUUCCCAUCCCCUUGUGUCACUGAUGCUGGUCCGGGGGGAUCCUGGGACGAUCCCGUUGAGAAUUUCGGUCAUGUGAUGAUACCUCAAGAUUUUCGACGCGACGCAUGAAUUGAUCGGUUCGGUGAGAGGGGAAGCUCGCGCAACCAGCCCUGAUCCCAGAAAUGGAUCCCAGGGUGAUGUGGAAUGAGACAAUGUGGUUUUGGCGUUCCAGGUUCUGGGGGUUUAUGGCACAUUGGUAUCACGGGCUAAUCUAAUCACCAAACACACCGUGCUUUUUCUAGCUAGCUUCGGAAGUCAUUAUGUUACUUUUUGGGUCAGUCUUUCCAGUAGCGUAGUAAUCAAUAAGAUCAAAGUACUAUGCUCGUUCUUUGGCUACAUGUAAUCUAUGUUUA